AUGUAUUUGACUCACCUCGCCUCCUUGGUUCUGCCGACCCUGUGGCAACAACUUGCUUCGGCUGGCGUUACCGCCCGAGUCAACGAUGAGAUCGUUCGCGAUGUGUGCAUCUUGGGAGGGGGCGCGAGCGGGACGUAUGCAGCCAUCCGUCUCAAGGAACUGGGCUACUCGGUAGCCCUGAUAGAGAGAAAUGCGCAUCUUGGAGGUCACGUCAACACCUAUUACGACCCGGCAACGGGCAACCCUCUUGAUUAUGGUGUGAUAGCAUACCACAACAUCUCCACUGUAACCGACUUCCUCAGUUCCCUCGGAGUGGCCUUGGCGCCAGCCACACUUGGCUACGGAGAUCGGUCCAUCUACAUUAAUAAUCUCCAGAACAACGGCACGAUCGUCCAGGACCUACCAAGCUCCGUUCCCUGGGCCAAUGCGACAGCUGUAGGGCUUGCCUUCGAGAAGUACCUCGGCCUGGUGCAGCAGUAUCCUUUUCUGGCUCAGGGGUAUGAGCUUCCAGCCGAGAUCCCGGAGGACCUCCUCCUGCCCUACGGCGAGUUCUUGCAAAAGUAUGAUCUCGGGGCAAUGAUAUUCGAUGUCUCACAAUACGUGCCGGGGUUUCGCAAUCUGCUCACUGUACCAACACUGUAUGUCAUGAAGGCAUUUUCUGCCGACAUUGCGGAGACUUUUCUCGGCCUCGCGCCACCUUUCUUGUCGGCAGUCGAGGGCAACCAGCACAUUUACGAUCAGGCGCGCCUCCGUCUCGGAGAUGACGUCUUUCUCGAUUCGACCCUACACGGCAUCCUGCGUCAUGGAGGUGGUGUGAGAGCAUUCUUGGGGCAGUCUCAUACUGCUACCGCAGAAUCCAGCACACUCAGGUCCAUCCGCGCCAAGAAACUGCUCAUCACCAUUCCACCCAAGCCCCACGAGCUCUUGCGCCUAGGCCUCGCCCUGACACCAGAAGAGGUGCGGCUCUUUUCUCAAUUUGAGGAUGUCCAGUACUGGGCUGCUGUCCUGAACGUCACCGGUCUUCCAGCGGGUGAUGCAUUUCUAAACAUCGACCUCGGGGCCCCGUAUGCGAUCGUGCCAGAGCCUCUCGAUUAUGGAUUCGUCGGUGCACCUGACAUUGACGAUCUGUAUGUGACCUAUUAUUCUUCCACUCAAUCGAAGUCUACAGAGGAAGUUCAGGAAAUCAUUCUUCAAGAUCUGUCUCGUUUCGCCAAGAAGAACGGUUUCAAAAUCACUGGCAGUCCAUCUUUUGCUGCCUUCGACAGUCAUUCUCCCUACCAAUUGACGGUGUCAGCCUCUCACAUAAAGGAUGGCUUUUACAACAAGUUGAACGCUCUGCAGGGACGCGACAAUACGUGGUGGACAGGAGCAGCCUGGCAAGCUCAGGACAGUUCCCUGAUCUGGAACUGGACCGAGUAUACGCUUCUGCCCAAGAUCGUGGCUUCUUUGAAAAUGGCGGCACUGGAUGAUGAUAUGGGCGCGGUGCAACAGCCGUUGCAGGAGCUGUAAUUCAGAUCUCGGAUUGGUGACGGAACCUCAAGCCUCCACCGGCACAGCUAUAUAGCUCGAUGAACGCCAAGUACUGUGUGCACGUGAUACAGUGUCUAUGCUUCCAUGCUUAAUCUUAUUUCUCAUGUUUACGCU